CUUUCCUUUCCUUUCCUUUCCUUCCUAUACCACACAUACACUACGUUCUUUUUAUCCUAGGUUUUUUCUUUUUCUUUUUUCUUUUCUUCUUGCUAUUCCUAUUCACUAUGCUCCGACAUGCAUUCAAACAACGCGUUCCAACCAUUGGAAUGGCACGACCUCUUCUGGUCCAGCGCCAGCUACCGACCCUAGCAGCCAAGGCAUUUGUAGCCAGUCAAGUCCGGUUCCUAAACUUGCACGAGUAUCAAUCGAAACAGUUGAUGGCUAAACAUAAUGUGAACGUCCAACGGUUUGCAGUCGUCGAAACACCUGAACAAGCACAUAAUGCAGCACUAAGUCUUAAGGCAAAUGAACUGGUGAUCAAGGCUCAGAUCCAUGCAGGUGGACGAGGCAAGGGUGAGUUUUCUAGUGGACUCAAAGGUGGUGUACAUCUGACAAAAGACCCUGCAAAAGUCCCAGACUUGGUCACGGAAAUGUUGGGCUACAAGCUCAAGACAAAGCAAACAGGCGAGGACGGUGUUCUUGUCAGCAAGGUCAUGGUCGCAGAAGCAUUGGACAUUGAUAAAGAAACCUAUUUUGCAAUCUUGAUGGACCGUGAGAGUGGUGGUCCUGUCUUGGUCGGAAGCCCUGAUGGAGGCGUAGAGAUUGAACAAGUUGCUGAAACUCAUCCUGAUCGCAUCUUUAAGACUCCGGUUGAUAUCGAGACAGGUCCCACAGAACAGCAGACGCUCGAUAUGGCAAUGAAACUCGGAUUUAAAGGAAAGACCGUGGCAGAGGCUUCUGAUCAAAUGCAGAGACUAUAUGAGCUCUUCUUGGAGGUAGACGCCACCCAGAUCGAGAUCAAUCCCUUUGGUUUAACUCCUGAUAAUCGAGUGGUAUGCUUCGAUGCCAAGAUUGCAUUUGAUGACAAUGCAGCGUUCAAGCAUCCAGAACUUCAGAUGAUGCGUGAUACGACAGAAGAAAACCCACGAGAGGUAGAGGCACAAGACUGUGGACUCAAUUACGUGGGUAUGGAUGGCAACAUUGGCUGUCUGGUAAACGGCGCUGGACUGGCAUUAGCAACAAUGGAUAUUAUAAAACUACAUGGAGCCAAGCCAGCCAAUUUCUUGGAUGUUGGAGGGGGUGUGACAACAAAACAGGUCAGUCAAGCAUUCAAGAUCCUGACAGAGGAUCAGAAUGUCAAGACCAUCUUGGUCAAUAUCUUUGGAGGCAUUGCUAGUUGUCUGACCAUUGCAGAAGGCAUGGUCACCGCUCUGAAAGAGGCCAGUCCAAAGAUCAAUAUCCCUAUCGUGGUCAGGCUACAGGGCAACCAAGUGGAAGAAGGCAAAGAGUGCUUGCGCCGAUCUGGCUUGAAUAUCACAUUGAAGGAUGAUCUGGACGAAGCAGCUAUUGCGAGUGUCCAUCUCGCAGGAGGAGAAUCUCAUUGAAAAAAAAAUCUUCCUCAAGGACCACGCUUUGGGCAUUUGUAAAUACUCUUUAUUGAUCUAAUCAUUUCGGUUAGUUUACCCUUUGCUUUGUUUCCUAAUGGC